AUGGCUCCGACACGAGCGCGGAAACGCAAAUCUACGGAAUCGAGCUCUGCAGAUAUACCAAGCUUUCAGACUCGCUCUGAGCUUGUUCCCACGAAGACUGCCAGUCCUGCAAUAACACCUACGAAUAGAAGUCCAAUUAGGAAGCGGAAGAUGGGCAUUACGUCGCGCCAAAAGCAAGCAUUAAUUGAUAACUUGCAACUAGAGAUUACGGAACGCGCCAGAAAGCUUCGUGCACAGUAUAUGCUGCAGGCGCAAGGUUUACGUACGCGUAUUGAAAUCAGGGUCAACCGCAUUCCUGUCGCGCUUCGACGAGCGAAUAUGGGAGAGUUGCUCUUGAAGUAUAGCGAGAAUGCUUCGAAAUCUGGCCCUACUGCACCUAAAAUUACUGCCAAUAUCAGAUCGCCAUCGAAUAUUGUAGUGCAAAAAGAACGGUAUAGUUCACGCGCCAGCCCAUCGCCGCGUGGUGGAAAACGUGUUAGUGACGAAAUUAUGAUUGAUAAAGAGAAUGAAGACAUUGGCAAUCUCAAGAAACUCGUUCGAGGUGCUCCUGGCCCCCCAUCACGUACCGUACCACGGGCCAUCCUCCCACCCUCCCGAAUCCUCUCACCUCGAUCAGCCAAUUCCCGCACCUUUCCUGCCUCUCUAAACCGUCCCACAACUUCACCAGGAAAGUCAAAUCUUGCACGACCAGUCUCUCCGCUCAAGCCUUCGGCCCCAGCGCCUACUGGAGAAGCAGCCGGCGUCCUCACAAGUAUGGUCGAGAAGGCAAGGGCUACCCGAGGAACAACUGCUACUCGGAAAGUCGCGGAAACACAGACAACAGGGGGAGCCGGACGUGGGAAGAGAACGACUGUGCCCGCCCCACCGCCGAGAGUGGGAAGAGGAAGAGCGAUUAGUGAUUCAAGUGAUGCCAGCAAUAGCACAGUAGUAAGGAAGUCUGCUCCAGCUGUAAAGAAGACAGCACCGGCAAAGAAAACAGUUAUGGGUACGAUCAAGGGAAUAGGGGGAGCGACUAAGAAAGCUCCUGCGCCCAAAGCAUCCGCUCCUGCGGUUGGAAGAGUUCUGAGAAAGAGAAAUUAA